GUCCAUCGCUACAUCACAUAUAAAGACAGAAUGGGGCAAAACAGACCUCAGUCUCUACAGGACAUCCUCAAAAAUGUCGCACAAGAGACCUUGGGGCUUCUGCCUAAUCUACUGGGCCAGCUCCAGACCACAGCCGCCGCCCACACUGCGCGCAAAUACUCACUCGAGACUCUUCAUCGCCUAGAUCCCAAUUACUGCCCUUCGUAUCCUCAGCCGGCUACCAUUAGAGUCAUCAACGAGGAUACUCUCAACGCUGCCAUCCGUCUGUCGGAGGCCCUCAAAGCUAGCCCUCCCGAUCCUCGAAUGACCAGUCCGUAUGUGGCCAUCCUCAACUUUGCGAACCGGCUAAAGCCCUGUGGUGGAUUUCUCAACGGUCGUAUGGCUCAAGAAGAAGCGCUGUGCUACCGUAGCUCUCUGUCUCUGAGCCUGAAUAGAAAUCUCUAUCCGUUCUCUGGGCAAGAAGCGCUUUACAGCCCCUACGUUCUUAUCUUUCGUCAUGACUUGGCUCAUGCACAUCGUCUCAUGAGAGAGGCUUCUCCCAAAAACCUCCCUGUCGUCAGUGCCGUAACCAUCGCGGCCCUCCACCAUCCCAGGAUUCACACCUUCAAGCUAAGGGGCGGCAUUGAACAGCCAGUUUUCGGAAAGGAUGAGGACCGCAAUAUCACCAAGAACAAAAUGAGACUAGCCCUUAGGAUCGCGGCUCGAAACGGACACCGCUCCCUUGUUCUUGGGGCAUUUGGAUGUGGCGUGUACGCGAACCCACCCGAGGACGUUGCCCAUUGCUGGUUGGAGGUGCUUCGUGAGAAGGAGUUUCAUGGAAACUGGUGGCGUGAGGUCUGGUUUGCUGUCUAUGACCCGAAGCAGGAGGGUAACUACGAGAUCUUUCAGAAGGUUCUGGCUGGCAAGAGAGUUUAAUAGCAUAGUGAAUUUGGCGAUGCUCCUAAAAGAGCCGCUGGGCCCAAUGCCAGAGAGCAUUGUUGAGUCUAAUUGUAUCAGAGCUUAAAUACAAUAUCUCGGCCAAUU